GCUGAGUGAAAGUAUCGAGCCACAUCGAAUUGCGCGCGCCGUGUGCUUUGCUCGCGAGUUUCUUUUUUGUCUGCGGUGUUUGUGACUUCACAGAAAAUAUGUCGAAAUACAGAAUUGUAAUGGUUCGCCAUGGUGAAAGCGAGUGGAAUAAGUUGAACCUUUUUUGUGGAUGGUACGAUGCCAAUCUGUCGGACAAGGGCAAAAGUGAAGCCCUGUCCGCAGGAAAAGCCCUCAAGGACGCGGGCUUUACGUUCGACAUAGCACACACGUCGGUACUCACGAGAGCACAGGAAACCCUGAAAUCGAUCCUAAAGGAAAUCGGCCAGGAGGAUCUGCCAGUGCAGAAAACAUGGCGUUUAAAUGAGCGACACUAUGGUGGUCUCACUGGUAUGAACAAAGCGGAGACGGCUGCCAAGUAUGGCGAGGAACAAGUGCAGAUCUGGCGGAGAUCGUUUGACGUGCCACCUCCACCAAUGGAGUCAGACCACAAGUACUACGACACGAUAGUGAAGGAUCCGCGUUAUGCCGAUGGACCGAAGCCCGAGGAAUUCCCCAAGUUUGAGUCCCUGAAGUUGACUAUCGAGAGAACGUUACCUUACUGGAACGAAACGAUCAUCCCUCAACUGAAAGAGGGCAAGAGGAUCAUUAUAGCUGCCCAUGGGAACAGCUUGCGUGGCAUAGUGAAACACUUGGAUCAAAUGUCCAACGAACAAAUCAUGGGACUGAAUCUGCCAACUGGUAUUCCGUUCGUGUACGAAUUGGACGAGAACUUCAAGCCCGUCGUCUCUAUGAAAUUCCUGGGCGACGAAGAAACCGUUAAAGCAGCGAUGGCUGCGGUUGCCGCGCAAGGAAAGGCCAAAUAAGUGAUAACGUGAACAUGAAAAGCAUCUACGCAUCAAAAUGCCCCUGCGAAAAACUCGUUGCACGUUUGUUAAAAGUAUUUAUGACUCGUUAGUUUCAUUACCAUGAUAGAAUGUAGCUCAAGGAGGCUCGAUAGACGCGUUCCUGCUUGAACAAGCAUUCCUCAUAACAAAUAAAAAAUAUAUCUUAUGAAACGUCUAUGUAAAAAUUAGCAACUCUCAUUAUUUAUCGAAUAUAUGUUUCAAUAUUAUAUAUACAAGAUAUGGUCUUCGUAUUAAUAUCGUAAAACUUGUACAUAUCCCAAACGUACCAUAGCGAUCACAAAUAUUGAAUAAGUAACAGUAAACUCUAUAGCUGUUUUUAAAAAAAUUUGCUUCUGAAAAUAAAUAGUAAGACAGGCCAAUAUAAUUUUGAUGCACCGUGUAAAAUAUUGUAUCUAAUUUAUAUAUUAUAUCUCUAAGUUUACGUGAAACUUUCGUUCUAUCGAGAUGUCAUGUAAAUGAAAUUUGUGUAAAUGAAAAAAAUUUGAAUUAUAAAUGUGCCAAAAAAAAA